CAGCACGCUGGGAAGCCAUGCUGAGGGUUACUUCUGCAUUUCCUUCCUGGCAGUCCUCGGGAGCAUCGCCUCCUCGUCGCCCUCCAGCCCGGCUCUCUGCAGCCCGCCCCGGAUCCGCCUCCUGCUUCUUCCUCCCGGAGGUGGUGGAGAGCGCGCGGCGCACCUGAGUCCCUCUCCGGUCAUCCCCGCGGAGGCACUGGGGGCUGCUGCUGGGGAACAGGAUUUACAGGCCUGGAGAACGCCAAUGGGAGAUCCAAAUGGUCGGGGACUCCGGCACUUUAAGAGGCUUUUCUCUGGGAAACACCCGUCCCCUCCAUGCGCCUUAUGAAUGGAAAUACUCCUCCCCCGGUCGAGCCCAUUUUCCCAUUUCACCAGGAGCCGAAGCCUGCUCUCUCCUGUCGGUCUCCCCGCCCACAUCCACGCGGGCAGCUCCAGGAGGGGACGGACAGGAAGCCUUUGGCCGCCUAUUAAAUCCCACCCAUUUCUCCGGGGGCGAUUUCCUAACCUUCCGGGACCGAAUUCUGCAAUUUGAUGUGCGUUUUGUCCGAAUGGUAGCGACACGGGCCUAAGGGAGGGGGAACGCGAGGGGGUGGGGGGUGGGGGGUAUGCGCUCUUUUCCUCGCAACAUCGCUGGCGGAGCGAGGGAGCUCACACGACACAGAUUUUGGGGCAAAGCCUUUCCAUCUGGACAGCACCAUGUCCACCAAAGCGGAGCAGUUUGCUUCCAAGAUACGGUACUUGCAGGAAUAUCAUAACCGGGUUCUUCACAACAUUUAUCCUGUACCAUCAGGAACAGAUAUUGCAAACACCCUGAAGUACUUUUCUCAAACUUUGUUAAGCAUUUUGUCCCGCACAGGGAAGAAGGAAAACCAAGAUGCCUCCAAUUUGACAGUGCCCAUGACCAUGUGUCUUUUUCCUGUGCCAUUCCCACUCACCCCAUCUCUAAGACCGCAGGUCAGUUCCAUCAACCCUACUGUUACUCGCUCCCUCCUUUACAGCGUCCUGCGAGAUGCUCCUUCAGAACGUGGCCAGCAAAGUCGUGAUGCUCAGUUGUCAGACUACCCUUCUUUGGACUACCAAGGCCUCUACGUGACUUUGGUGACUCUCCUGGAUCUAGUUCCUUUACUACAGCAUGGCCAACAUGAUCUUGGGCAGUCAAUAUUUUAUACAACCACAUGUUUGCUACCCUUUCUCAAUGAUGAUAUUCUGAGUACUUUGCCCUACACGAUGAUUUCAACGUUAGCUACCUUUCCUCCAUUUCUGCACAAGGAUAUUAUUGAAUACCUUAGCACAUCUUUUCUACCAAUGGCUAUAUUGGGUUCUUCCAGGAGAGAAGGCGUUCCUGCCCAUGUUAAUCUUUCUGCAUCCUCUAUGCUAAUGAUUGCAAUGCAGUACACAUCUAAUCCAGUGUAUCAUUGUCAAUUAUUGGAAUGCCUCAUGAAAUAUAAACAAGAAGUCUGGAAAGAUCUUUUGUAUGUGAUUGCCUAUGGGCCUUCGCAAGUGAAACCUCCAGCUGUGCAAAUGCUUUUCCACUACUGGCCCAAUUUAAAACCUCCUGGUGCAAUAAGCGAGUACAGGGGAUUACAGUACACAGCUUGGAAUCCCAUCCACUGCCAGCACAUGGAAUGCCACAACGCAAUUAACAAGCCAGCCGUGAAGAUGUGUAUAGAUCCUUCCCUGUCAGUAGCUUUGGGUGAUAAACCUCCUCCGUUGUAUCUCUGUGAAGAAUGCAGCGAGAGAAUUGCAGGGGACCACAGCGAGUGGCUGAUUGAUGUUCUUCUGCCACAAGCUGAAAUAUCUGCUAUAUGUCAGAAAAAGAACUGCAGUUCCCAUGUAAGAAGAGCAGUCGUUACCUGCUUUUCUGCAGGGUGCUGCGGUCGUCACGGCAACAGACCUGUUCGGUACUGCAAAAGAUGCCACUCAAAUCACCACAGUAAUGAGGUGGGGGCCGCCUCGGAGACCCACCUCUAUCAAACCUCCCCACCUCCCAUCAACACCCGGGAGUGCGGCGCCGAGGAGCUGGUCUGCGCUGUAGAGGCGGUGAUUAGCUUGUUGAAAGAAGCAGAGUUCCACGCUGAGCAACGGGAACAUGAGUUGAAUCGGCGGCGGCAGCUGGGCCUCUCAUCUUCCCACCAUUCCUUGGAUAAUGCUGACUUUGAUAACAAGGACGAUGAUAAGCACGACCAGAGACUGCUCAGUCAAUUUGGAAUAUGGUUCUUAGUUAGCCUCUGCACACCCAGCGAGAACACGCCUACGGAGAGCCUGGCCCGGCUAGUGGCCAUGGUGUUUCAGUGGUUUCACUCCACAGCGUAUAUGAUGGACGAUGAAGUUGGAAGCUUGGUAGAAAAACUGAAGCCUCAAUUUGUCACCAAGUGGUUGAAGACGGUAUGCGAUGUUCGCUUUGACGUCAUGGUCAUGUGCCUUCUGCCCAAACCUAUGGAAUUUGCUAGGGUUGGUGGAUACUGGGAUAAGUCUUGUAGCACGGUGACUCAAUUGAAGGAAGGUCUCAGCCGGAUCCUCUGCCUGAUUCCCUACAAUGUGAUCAGCCAGUCAGUGUGGGAGUGUAUCAUGCCAGAAUGGCUGGAAGCCGUCAGAACAGAAGUUCCUGAUACCCAAUUAAAAGAAUUCAGGGAAGUAUUAAGCAAAAUGUUUGACAUAGAGCUCUGUCCUCUCCCUUUUUCAAUGGAAGAGAUGUUUGGCUUUAUUAGUUGUCGGUUUACAGGAUAUCCCUCCUCUGUGCAGGAACAAGCUUUACUAUGGCUUCAUGUGUUAUCGGAGUUAGAUAUCACGGUUCCACUUCAACUCUUAAUAAGUAUGUUUUCUGAUGGAGUUAAUUCUGUCAAAGAACUGGCAAAUCAAAGAAAAUCAAGAGUCAAUGAACUGGCAGGGAACCUUGCAGCUCGAAGGGUGAGUGUUGCCUCUGAUCCUGGUCGGCGAGCUCAGCAUAAUAUGCUGAGCCCAUUUCAUAGUCCUUUCCAGAGUCCAUUUCGGAGUCCUAUGCGUAGUCCAUUUCGUAGCCCUUUCAAGAAUUUUGGACACCCAGGAGGAAGGACUAUUGACUUUGAUUGUGAAGAUGAUGAAAUGAAUCUAAAUUGUUUCAUCCUCAUGUUUGAUCUUCUCCUGAAGCAGAUGGAGUUACAAGAUGAUGGAAUUACAAUGGGUUUCGAGCACAGCUUGUCAAAGGACAUUAUUUCUAUUAUAAACAAUGUCUUCCAGGCCCCCUGGGGGGGCUCCCAUUCUUGCCAGAAGGAUGAAAAAGCAAUUGAGUGUAACUUAUGUCAGUCUAGUAUUCUCUGCUAUCAGCUUGCCUGUGAACUCCUGGAGAGACUAGCUCCCAAAGAAGAAAGCCGGCUGGUGGAGCCCACAGACAGCCUUGAAGACAGUCUCCUUUCUUCCAGACCAGAGUUCAUCAUAGGCCCUGAAGGAGAGGAGGAAGAUAAUCCAGCAGCCAAGCAUGGAGAGAAUCCAGGCAAUUGCAGUGUGCCUACAGAACAUGCUGUGAUAAAGAAUGAUACGGAAAGAAAAUUUUGCUACCAACAGCUUCCAGUAACAUUAAGACUAAUAUAUACUAUUUUCCAGGAAAUGGCUAAGUUUGAAGAGCCAGACAUUCUCUUUAAUAUGCUCAAUUGCCUGAAGAUUCUCUGUCUGCAUGGAGAGUGUUUAUACAUUGCUAGAAAAGAUCAUCCUCAAUUUUUAGCCUAUAUUCAGGACCAUAUGUUGAUUGCCAGCCUGUGGAGAGUUGUCAAGUCUGAGUUCUCCCAGCUGUCCUCCUUGGCAGUCCCUCUCCUUCUCCAUGCUCUGUCACUUCCUCAUGGUGCUGACAUCUUCUGGACAAUCAUAAAUGGAAAUUUCAACAGCAAAGACUGGAAGAUGAGGUUUGAAGCAGUGGAAAAGGUGGCUGUAAUUUGCAGAUUUCUGGAUAUUCACUCAGUGACCAAAAACCACUUGCUGAAGUACUCCCUCGCGCAUGCCUUCUGCUGUUUCCUGACGGCUGUGGAGGAUGUCAACCCAGCGGUGGCCACCAGGGCAGGUCUCCUGCUUGACACGAUAAAAAGACCAGCAUUACAGGGCUUAUGUCUUUGCCUUGACUUCCAGUUUGAUACUGUGGUCAAAGACCGACCCACAAUAUUGAGCAAGCUUUUACUCUUACAUUUUCUCAAGCAGGAUAUUCCUGCUUUGAGCUGGGAGUUCUUUGUCAAUAGAUUUGAGACUCUUUCUUUGGAAGCUCAGCUACAUUUGGAUUGCAACAAAGAAUUUCCUUUCCCUACAACCAUCACUGCUGUAAGAACCAAUGUUGCCAACCUUAGUGAUGCUGCGUUGUGGAAGAUCAAGAGGGCUCGCUUCGCAAGAAAUCGCCAGAAGAGUGUGAGAUCUCUGAGAGACAGUGUGAAAGGGCCGGCGGAAUCCAAGAGGGCGCUCUCCCUCCCCGAGACCCUAACCUCCAAAAUUCGACAACAAUCUCCUGAGAAUGACAACACCAUCAAGGACCUGCUCCCAGAAGAUGCUGGGAUCGACCACCAGACAGUUCAUCAGCUGAUUACAGUGCUCAUGAAGUUCAUGGCCAAGGACGAGAGCAGUGCUGAGUCAGACAUCAGCAGUGCAAAGGCCUUUAACACGGUCAAGCGGCACUUAUAUGUCUUACUUGGCUAUGACCAACAGGAAGGUUGCUUCAUGAUUGCACCUCAGAAAAUGCGCCUGUCAACUUGCUUUAAUGCAUUUAUUGCAGGAAUUGCCCAAGUUAUGGACUAUAACAUUAACUUGGGAAAACACCUUCUCCCCUUGGUGGUUCAGGUGCUCAAAUACUGCUCUUGUCCUCAACUACGGCAUUAUUUCCAACAGCCACCUCGUUGUUCCCUCUGGUCCCUAAAACCUCACAUCCGGCAAAUGUGGCUAAAGGCCUUGCUCGUCAUCCUUUACAAAUAUCCAUACCGAGACUGUGAUAUCAGCAAGAUCCUGCUGCAUCUGAUUCACAUAACGGUCAAUACCCUCAAUGCACAGUAUCACAGCUGCAAGCCCCAUGCCACGGCAGGACCUCUGUACAGUGACAACAGUAACAUAAGCAGAUACAGUGAAAAAGAAAAAGGUGAAAUAGAACUGGCUGAAUAUAGAGAAACGGGUGCAUUACAAGACAGCAUUCUACACUGUGUGAGAGAAGAAAGCAUUCAGAAAAAAAAACUGCGCUCUUUCAAACAAAAAUCUCUUGAUAUAGGGAAUGCAGACUCCCUCUUGUUUACAUUAGAUGAGCAUCGUAGAAAGUCUUGCAUAGAUCGGUGUGACAUAGAUAAGCCUCCUGCCCACGCAACUCACAUCACACAAAGACCAAACGACCACGCCCAUGGACGUUCUAGACAGAAUUCUGCUACGAGGCCUGACAAUUUAGAGAUCCCUGAGAAUCGACCUAUGGAAGGUUUUCAAGAAACUCGAAGGCCUGUAAUUCCAGAAGUUAGGUUAAACUGCAUGGAGACAUUUGAGGUGAAAGUUGACUCCCCAGUAAAGCCUGCUCCUAAAGAGGAUUUAGAUCUGAUAGAUUUGUCCUCAGAUUCAACAUCUGGGCCAGAAAAACACUCUAUACUCUCAACAUCUGACAGUGACUCUCUUGUAUUUGAGCCUCUUCCACCUCUUAGAAUAGUGGAGAGCGAUGAAGAAGAGGAGACCACGAAGCAAGGAAAUGGUGGUCCCUCAGGUAAAAAUGCUGCUUCUUCUCCCUCCAUCCCCAGCCACCCCUCCGUCCUCAGCCUGAGCACAGCUCCUCUUGUGCAAGUCAGUGUGGAGGACUGUUCCAAAGACUUUUCUUCUAAGGACUCAGGAAAUAGCCAGUCAGCAGGCAACGACGACUCUGCUCUCAUAGCCCUGGGAGAUCCUACAGACUCGGAGGAGUUAUCAAAGCCGGAGGAGCUGCGAGAGCUUUCCUGUGGCAGUCCACUAACACUUAAGCAAAAGCGAGACCUCCUUCAGAAGUCGUUUGCUGUCCCUGAGGUGUCAAUGGAUGAUAGCCCUGACCCUGGCACUGAGGAAGAAAAGCCUGGGCAGAUGCCAAGUUCAGGGGCAAAAACUGUCCUCCUCAAAGUUCCUGAAGAUGCUGAGAAUCCUAUAGAAAGUGAGAAGCCCGACACAAGUGCCGAGUCUGAUACAGAGCAGAACCUGGAUAGGAAAGUGGAGGAGGAUGGAACCGAGGAAUCAGAAUUUAAGAUUCAAAUUGUUCCCCGGCAGAGGAAACAGAGAAAGAUUGCUGUCAGUGCUAUUCAGAGAGAGUACCUCGACAUUUCUUUCAACAUUCUAGACAAACUAGGAGAACAGAAAGAUCCAGAUCCUUCUACUAAAGGACUUUCAACUUUGGAAAUGCCACGGGAAUCUUCAUCUGCCCCUACAUUAGAAGCAGGUGUACCAGAAACCAAUAGUCAUUCCUCUAUAUCAAAACAGAUACAGCCUGGGAAACGCCAGUGUAAUGUGCCAAUGUGCCUAAACCUUGACCUGGAGGGACAGCCAUUGAGAAUGAGAGGUGCCACUAAAUCCAGCCUGCUGUCAGCACCGAGCAUAGUCAGCAUGUUUGUGCCUGCACCAGAAGAAUUCACUGAUGAGCAGCCAACAGUGAUGACAGACAAAUGCCAUGACUGCGGAGCUAUUCUUGAAGAAUAUGAUGAAGAAACCCUUGGCCUGGCUAUCGUGGUUCUCUCCACAUUCAUUCACUUAAGCCCUGACUUGGCAGCCCCACUCUUGCUGGAUAUCAUGCAGUCUGUGGGAAGAUUGGCAUCCAGCACUACCUUUUCUAAUCAAGCAGAAAGCAUGAUGGUCCCUGGCAAUGCAGCGGGGGUCGCUAAGCAGUUUCUGCGCUGCGUCUUCCAUCAGCUAGCCCCUAACGGCAUCUUCCCGCAGCUGUUCCAGAGCACCAUCAAAGAUGGGACUUUUUUACGGACCUUAGCCACGUCUCUCAUGGACUUCAAUGAGCUCAGCUCCAUUGCUGCUCUCAGUCAGCUCUUGGAGGGUCUAAAUAACAAAAAGAAUUUACCAGCAGGGGGUGCUAUGAUACGCUGUUUGGAAAACAUUGCUACAUUCAUGGAAGCUUUGCCCAUGGAUUCUCCUAGUAGCCUCUGGACCACAAUCAGCAACCAGUUCCAGACAUUUUUUGCCAAGCUGCCUUGUGUUUUACCUCUGAAGUGUUCUUUAGAUUCCAGUUUGAGAAUUAUGAUUUGCCUGUUGAAGAUACCCUCCACCAAUGCCACAAGGAGUUUGUUGGAGCCAUUUUCGAAGCUUCUCAGCUUUGUAAUUCAGAAUGCUGUCUUUACUCUGGCCUACCUGGUGGAGCUGUGUGGCUUGUGUUACCGCGCCUUCACGAAGGAACGGGAUAAAUUCUACUUGUCUCGUAGUGUUGUUCUAGAACUGCUACAGGCCCUAAAGCUCAAGUCCCCUUUGCCAGAUACAAAUCUCCUUCUGCUUGUCCAGUUUAUUUGUGCAGAUGCUGGAACCAAACUAGCUGAGUCAACAAUCCUGAGCAAGCAGAUGAUAGCCUGUGUACCCGGAUGUGGGACAGCGGCGAUGGAGUGCAUGAGGCAGUAUAUCAGCGAAGUGCUGGAUUUCAUGGCUGACAUGCACACACUAACCAAACUGAAGAGCCACAUGAAAACGUGCUCCCAACCUCUGCAUGAAGAUACCUUUGGUGGACAUCUGAAAGUUGGCCUGGCUCAGAUUGCAGCUAUGGAAAUCUCCAGGGGCAACCACCGGGAUAACAAAGCUGUGAUCCGCUACCUGCCGUGGCUCUAUCACCCUCCUUCUGCCAUGCAGCAAGGACCGAAAGAAUUCAUCGAGUGUGUCUCACACAUCCGUUUGCUGUCCUGGCUGCUUCUGGGUUCCCUCACACAUAAUGCGGUGUGUCCCAAUGCCUCCUCUCCUUGCCUCCCCAUACCUCUGGAUGCAGGUUCUCAUAUUGCAGACCAUCUCAUUGUCAUCCUGAUUGGAUUUCCAGAGCAAUCAAAGACCUCUGUGCUCCACAUGUGCUCCCUGUUCCACGCAUUCAUCUUUGCCCAGCUCUGGACGGUGUACUGUGAACAAAGUGCUGUGGCUACGAAUGUCCAAAACCAGAAUGAGUUCAGCUUCACAGCUAUCCUCACAGCACUGGAGUUUUGGAGUAGAGUGACACCCAGCAUCCUUCAGCUAAUGGCACACAACAAAGUGAUGGUAGAAAUGGUGUGUCUCCAUGUGAUUAGUUUAAUGGAGGCAUUACAAGAAUGCAAUUCAACCAUUUUUGUCAAGCUGAUACCUAUGUGGUUGCCAAUGAUUCAGUCAAAUAUCAAGCACCUAUCGGCAGGCCUUCAGCUUCGCCUCCAGGCCAUUCAGAACAACGUGAACCACCACAGCCUAAGGACGCUGCCCGGCUCGGGCCAGAGCACUGCUGGCCUGGCUGCUCUCCGCAAAUGGCUGCAGUGCACUCAGUUCAAAAUGGCCCAAGUGGAAAUCCAGUCCUCGGAAGCAGCCUCUCAAUUCUAUCCUCUAUGAGUGGACUCCUCGGCUCUCAGUGUCAACACUCUGGUUUAGCAAUAAUGGGUUUAAAAACAAACAAUUUGAUCCAAGCAGGUUGGGGAACAUAUUGGUACUGUAUAUUCUCUUUCUAGUUUAGGAAAAGACAUGCAAAGGCCGGAGAGGGCCACCAACGAAGCUUUCUUGCUACACAUAUUUCUGAUGACUCCUUGGGCUAUCGAUUAAGUGUUUCCUUACAUUAUUUUUUAAAAACCAAAUCAUUUUUCUUUAACUAACUUCUAUUUUUUUUAAAGAAAAAAAAAUAGACUGGUGGGUACUCACAGAAAAGUUGUAUAAGUCCCCCUGUUGCUAUUUUUGAUGAUAGAGAAUAAAUAGGGUUUUUG